GAGUGGACACCAGGUUAAAGUUCACCAUCGAACCUUCUCUGGGCAAGAACGGCUUCCAACAGUGGUAUGAUGCUCUGAAGGCUGUGGUCAGACUUCCUACAGGCAUCCCUAAAGAGUGGAGGAAGAGGGUAUGGCUGACUCUAGCUGAUCAGUACCUCCACAGUAUCUCUAUCGACUGGGACAAAACUCUGCGCUUCGCUUUCAACGAACGCAGUAACCCUGACGAUGACUCACUGGGCAUCCAGAUUGUUAAGGACCUACACAGGACAGGUUGUAGUUCAUACUCCGGCCAGGAGGGGGAGCAGGACCGGGUGGUGCUGAAGAGGGUGCUCCUGGCGUACGCUCGCUGGAAUAAGGCUGUAGGAUACUGUCAGGGCUUCAACGUACUGGCGGCGCUCAUACUGGAGGUUACAGAGGGCAAUGAGAGCCACGCACUCAAGGUGAUGAUCUACCUGAUAGACAAGGUGCUACCAGAGAGUUAUUUUGCCAACAACCUGCGUUCUCUGUCUGUGGACAUGGCUGUGUUUAGAGAUCUCCUGAGGAUGAAGCUGCCUCAUCUCUCACAGCACCUACACCUCCUGCAGAAGACUGCUGAUAGAGAGGCUGGAGGCAGCUACGAGCCUCCCCUAACCAACGUAUUCACGAUGCAGUGGUUUCUGACCAUGUUUGCUACGUGCCUGCCCCCCAACACCGUGCUGAAGAUUUGGGACUCUGUGUUCUUCGAAGGUUCUGAGGUUCUGCUGAGGGUGGCUCUGGCCAUCUGGUCUCACCUGGGGGAGCAUAUAGAGUACUGUCAGACAGCAGAUGAGUUCUACAGCACCAUGGGAUGGAUCACUCAGGAGAUGUUGGAGAACAGCCUCAUAGACUGUAGCCACCUCAUGCAGACUGUGUACUCCAUGGCUGUGUUUCCAUUCCCUCAGCUGGCUGAACUCCGAGAGAAAUACACCUACAACAUCACCCCCUUCCCCACCUCCAACCCCAGUGGUGGUCUAGGUGGCUGGGAGGGUGAUGAAGACGAGGAUGAAGAUGAAGAUGCAGUGGUGACAGCAGCGUUGGGAUGUUUGGGUCCACUGGGGGGGCUGUUAGCUCCAGAACUACAACGGUACCAGAGACACAUUAAAGACCAGCGUGGGGGGGAGCAGGGCGGUAACAUGGCAGACCUGAGUCCCGGGGCGGUGGAUGGUGGCGGCAGAGCGGAGCAUCAAGCGGCCAUCAACAGCAUGCUGCAGGAGAGGAUGAGUACUGACAUCAGCGCUCUGAAGAAACAAUACUCACGUAUCAAGAGACAUCAGCAACAACAGGCCAGGCAGCUGUACAUACACACAGAUAGAUGUCCAGCCACCAGCGUGUUAGCAUCUCAGCUACAUCCUUCUCCUGUCGUCAACCACCUGUUGCUAGGCAGGAAGCCCAGGAACAGCCUGAAACACCCUCCCUCCAGCCUGCGAGGUGUCCCCCUGCCUCAGGCACAGUCCAGCCCUGCCACCCCUGGCCCCGCCCCUAACCCCACCCCUAGCGGGGAGAGGGGGAGGAACAGACUGGUAUCUCAGGCUGAAGACUGUCAGAGCAGGGUGGGGUCCCCCUGGCGUGCCCACGUACGUGCCCACCGCAGGAACAUAUCCCGGGCACGGGUACAGCUAGGGUUUGGAGACAUGGAGGACAGACACCCUCAUCAGGCGGAGGAGGACAGACACCCUCAUCAGGCGGAGGAGGACAGACACCCUCAUCAGGCGGAGGAGGACAGACACCCUCAUCAGGCGGAGGAGGACAGACACCCUCAUCAGGCGGAGGAGGACAGACACCCUCAUCAGGCGGAGGAGGACAGACACCCUCAUCAGGCGGAGGAGGACAGACACCCUCAUCAGGCGGAGGAGGACAGACACCCUCAUCAGGCGGAGGAGAGAGAUGGAGUGGGUGAGGGAAAGGCUGAUGAUGAUGAGGGUAGUCACCUCCCUGUGUCUCCUGCCCAGGCCUCCAGUAAGGAGGUGCCAGCUGUGGUGGAAGAGGAGCACCUGUUGUCUCUAGAGCUGGACUCUGGAUCAGAACUAAACCAGACCCCACCUCCACUACCCUCCUCUCCUAGAGAGACUGACCCAGACACACUACCCUCCUCUCCUAGAGAGACUGACCCAGACACACUACCCUCCUCUCCUAGAGAGACUGACCCAGACACACUACCCUCCUCUCCUAGAGAGACUGAACCAGACACACUACCCUCCUCUCCUAGAGAGACUGACCCAGACACACUACCCUCCUCUCCUAGAGAGACUGACCCAGACACACUACCCUCCUCUCCUAGAGAGACUGACCCAGACACACUACCCUCCUCUCCUAGAGAGACUGACCCAGACACACUACCCUCCUCUCCUAGAGAGACUGAACCAGACACACUACCCUCCUCUCCUAGAGAGACUGACCCAGACACACUACCCUCCUCUCCUAGAGGGACUGACCCAGAUACACUACCCUCCUCUCCCACCAUCCCAGAGCUGCCUGUCCUGCCUCCUCUUCCUCGACCACCCUCAUCACACCACCACCAUCAACAGUCUGACCCUUCAAUCUCCUCUCAGAACAUCUACUGUAUGAGACUCUCUCCUGGUAGCCCUGUUACCCUCACUAACCCCCCUCCCCCUGUUACCCUCACUAACCCACCUCCCCCUGUUACCCUCUCUAACCCCCCUACUCCUGUUACCCUCACUAACCCCCCACCCCCUGUUACCAUUACUAACCCCCCCCCCUGUUACCCUCACUCCCCUACUCCCCUCUCUAACCCCCAUACUCCUGGUACACCGCUAUCCCCCUCCCUCCCUCUCUCCUGCCCCUCCACGCCCCAGGACCAACCCGGGGCCACCCCCCAGCAGGUGUUCUCUCCCUCCCUCCCUCUCUCCUGCCCCUCCACGCCCCAGCAGGUGUUCUCUCCCUUCCCGAGUGUCAAACAGCACAGGAGGUCAGCUGCAGCCCGUAACCUGGGUCUCUACGGUCCCACAGCCAGAACCCCCACAGUUCACUUCCCUCAGCUCAGCCUGAACCGUCCCUCCACUCUCUCCACCAGGAAGCGCUAGAGGCCACGCUUCACUGACUGACUGGCUCUGGAAAAUAUACAGCCAGAUUCUCUCUGAUGGUCUGGAUCUGUGGCAUUGGGACAGGGGACUGUACCUGAGAGGAACAGGCAGGGACAGUAUCAGCUAUGGUCUGAUCCACUGCUGUAGUUAGGCCCUUAACUCUUCACAGUGUAGGUCACUCCCCUCUCAACCACUGGGAGAGGAAGAGCUGCUAUGAAACCCACUAUGUUGUAGUCAUCUCCCUGCAGGAAGCUGUAAACUGGGUCUGUCUGGCUGAAUGUCAUCAUGGGACAUCUCUGUCCACUCACCUUCUCUUCCAGUUCUCUUCACCAUAACACAAUGUUGAACCCUUAAAGCUCCUUCCUCCUCUCAGCUGAUUUCUGUUUCCACUUCCUGUCUGCCCGUUACUUCCUGUCAAUGUCUCUCCACAGUAAGACUCCAUACUGAAAGAUCCAUAGACCAUAUCAUGCCAUUGAUCUGAUUGUAUUGUUCUCUACAGUCUGCCAUUGAUCUGAUUGUAUUGUUCUCUACAGUCUGCCAAUGAUCUGAUUGUAUUGUUCUCUACAGUCUGCCAUUGAUCUGAUUGUAUUGUUCUCUACAGUCUGCCAUUGAUCUGAUUGUAUUGUUCUCUACAGUCUGCCAAUGAUCUGAUUGUAUUGUUCUCUACAGUCUGCCAAUGAUCUGAUUGUAUUGUUGGUAAAUGAACCCCCACCAUCCUGGUGUCAGAGGUCACUGCACUCCUAAUAAAGAAGGUGAAAGGAU